AUGGACGGCGGCGGCGGCGACAGGAGCCCGUCUCCGCCGUCGCCGGCAGCCUACCUCCCGGACGAGCUCGUACUCGAGAUCCUCGCACGGCUGCCGGCCAAGUCCCUCCGCCGCUUCAAGUCCGUCUCCCGGUCCUGGCGCGGCCUCAUCUCCGACCCCGCCAACCGCUCUAGGUUCGCGCAGACCCUGUCCGGCUUCUUCUUCCAUCCCGCCGCCCUCGAGGGCCCGCCCUGGCGCUUCUGCGGCCUCUCUUCUCCUGGGGCGGCAGACGGCGGCGGCGGCCUGUCCACGGUCGAGACGGCUCUCUCCUUCCUGCCCUCGAGCCGCGGCGAGAUGGAGCUGCUCGACUCCUGCAACGGGCUCCUCCUCCUGCGCUGCUGCUCGCCGACGCCGCCCUCCUCGCCCACCGCGGACUGGGUCGCCCUGCCGCCGCCGAGCCAAGCCCCGGGGGAGUUCAGAGCCUGGCACAACACCACCUACGCCGCGCUGGGGUUCGACCCGGCCGUCUCCCCGCACUUCCUCGUGUUCCAGCUGGUGGAGCAGGAGGACCCGUGCUACGGCUUCGUCGAGGCCGUGGACAUCUACUCCUCCGGCACCGGCAGAUGGGCUCUGCACCGGAGCAGGUGGAGCGGCCGCUGCAGCAUCUUCUUCGCCCGCCAAACGGCGACCUAA